AUGUUAGCGACAUUGCUGAUCGCUUUCUUCGUCUCGAUAAGCCAUAGAAGCUGCAAUACCGUUGGCGCUGGCGAUGAUGGUACUGUCCCCCGAAGCAUAUACGACGAACUAGGUGCUCCAACGUUUCGAACACCCAAGAAUAUUUUAUUGCAACUUUGGUGGCUCCUCUCACGCUUCAUGGCAAGGACCGACCAUUUGCUUUGGGAAUGGAAUAACCGAUCUGUAUAUUUUAAGGAACCCUAUCUCAGAUACGUCGAGCCAUACCUCCACAAAUUCAAUGUCAUAUCCCUCGGUAAAUCGAUCGAUGACAAAGCAAAGUCCAAGCAUAUGACAUUUCUACGAACAUGGGAUAGACUCAAGUUCGAGCUUAAUUCACACACGGACAUCUACGAGCCGACAUUUAAUAGUAUGCAGAGCAUCAUCUCUACACACGCAAUUGACGUUGUGCUCGCCGAUUCAAUUUGUGUUCCAAGCAUUGAUGCUGCACAUGCCGCCAAGACUUCGUUUAUUAUCACGAUGAUGACCAAUUGGGCAGCAGACGCUUUUGCUCCAUAUAACAACAAAGACCUUAGAUUACCGGGCGACGGGACCACCGAAGAUAUGUCCUUGGGUUAUCGAUUCUAUGUCAAACUCAUUUUGUCUUUUUGCCUACAAAUCUGCAGCAAUAGGAGGAAUUCGUCGACCACCUCCACUACCAACAUAUGA